GUUUGAGCAUCCGAGGAGCCCAGGAGGAAGACCCUCCCGAUCCCCAGCUAAUGAGACUAGACAAUAUGCUUCUGGCAGAAGGAGUCUCAGGCCCGGAGAAAGGUGGGGGAUCGGCGGCAGCAGCUGCAGCCCCUCUCCCUCCCUUGCAGGCAUGUAACGAGUUCACUACACACGUGAUGAACCUGCUCCGAGAGCAGAGCCGGACACGUCCCAUUUCUCCCAAGGAGAUCGAGAGGAUGGUGGGCAUCAUCCAUCGGAAAUUCAGCUCGAUCCAGAUGCAACUCAAGCAAAGCACUUGCGAAGCAGUAAUGAUUUUGAGAUCCAGGUUCCUCGAUGCCAGACGGAAAAGGCGCAACUUCAGUAAACAAGCCACAGAAAUCCUGAACGAGUAUUUUUACUCCCACCUCAGUAACCCCUACCCCAGUGAAGAAGCCAAAGAAGAGCUGGCAAAGAAGUGCAGCAUCACGGUAUCGCAGGUGUCCAACUGGUUUGGCAAUAAGAGAAUCAGGUACAAGAAGAACAUAGGGAAGUUCCAGGAAGAAGCCAACCUCUAUGCGGCCAAGACGGCCGUGACCGCAGCGCACGCCGUGGCCGCAGCCGUCCAGAACAACCAGACCAACUCCCCCACCACCCCAAACUCUGGUUCUUCUGGUUCUUUUAACCUCCCAAAUUCUGGGGACAUGUUCAUGAACAUGCAGAGUCUGAAUGGGGAUUCUUACCAGGGGUCCCAAGUCGGAGCCAAUGUGCAGUCACAGGUGGAUACCCUGCGUCAUGUUAUCAAUCAGACGGGAGGAUACAAUGAUGGCUUGGGAGGAAAUUCACUGUACAGUCCACAUAAUUUAAAUGCGAACGGAGGCUGGCAGGACGCGACCACUCCAUCUUCCGUGACGUCCCCGACAGAAGGGCCGGGGAGCGUGCACUCUGAUACCUCGAACUAAUCUCCUAGCAACACUUUUUCCCUGAGCUGAGAUGCCUUGAUUAGCGCAUUCGGAGGAGCAGGAGAAAAAGGAAAGAGUUUUUUGUAGCCAACCACCUACAGCUUUACUGUAAAACCUUGUCUUACUAGAAAACUUGGUAAAUCUGUUUUUUAAAGGUAUCAUAAUCAUUUGUAUUUAUACUUAAAACACACAAUGUUAAAAAGCACUUUAUCCGAUUAGGCCAAGAUUUAGCAUUGUUUAUAGUCCUGUAACUAUUUUAUCAUAAUUUAUUAUCAGCAGUUUUAAUGAUGUUGGUCUACCAGUUGCCAAUGACUUGGCCUUAAGGGUAAAAGUACAGUGUGAGCUUAACCUCAUGGCAGGAGCAGGC